AUGACGCAGAGCGGGUUCAGCGAUUGGUACAAUGGGCUGCCCCCGUUCUCGCGGGCGCUGGGCACGGCGUGGGUGGUCACUGGAACCGCAGUCCGUUUCGGGAUGCUCUCGCCCGUGCUGCUCAUCAUGGACUGGGGCUGGGUGCUCGGCAGCGCGCCUGCUGCGAUUGCCGGCAAGUACGGCAAGUAUCAGCUGUGGAGGCUGCUGACCAACUUCAUGUUCGUCGACAAGCUCAGCAUGGGCUUCUUCUUCAACAUGCUCUUCCUGCACUCGUACGCGGUGCCCCUGGAGCGCGUGGUGUUCGAACACAGCCCCGCCGACUUCCUCGCGCUCGUCCUCUUCGCCGUCGCCUGUAUCCUCGCGCUCCAGUUCGCGCUCCCGCUCCUGCUGGGCACGGCGCUCUACCUCGGCGCGCACCCGCUGCUCACCGUCUUCGUGUACGUGUGGUCGCGCGAGAACGCCGCCCAAACGGUCCGGUUCUGGGGCAUGAUUUCCUUCCAGGCCUUCUACCUGCCGUUCGUCCUCGUGGCCUUCACGCUCAUCCAGGGCGGGUCGCCCGUGCCGGACCUCGCCGGGAUCGGCGUCGGGCACCUGUACUGGUUCAUCACCAAGCUGUACCCCGCAGCCAACGGCGGGCGGCAGCUGCUGACCACGCCCCUGUGGGUGCACAAGCUCGCGAACGCCGUCGGGAUGCAGGACGGGGUGCCGCGGCCCGCACCAGCGCGGCCGACCGCGGGCGCCAGGCCGGCAGGGGGCGGGAUGGGGGCGCCGCGGCCGGAGCCGGCGGCGGCGACGGCGACGGGGUUCCGGGCGUUCACCGGCACGCGAAGAAGGCUCGCGGACUGA